ACUUUUGUAUAUACAAGGAAAAGAUCUGACUUUGGUCGACAAUGUCUGUUUUCUGAUGAAGGUCCAAAACUAGUAGAAAAUAUAGUACCUGAUAAAACCAUAAAUGCAGAAUAUAUCUUAAAAGAUCCAGUUGAUAGAAGUAUACAAAUGGGUGUUAUGCUUUCAGAACAUGAGGCAAACACUACUAGAGCUGAAUAUACUGAUCGUGGAAUGAACCAUAAUGAGGGAGGCUGGCCCCGUGACAUCAAUCCAUUAGAUAUAGAACAGACAACAAGAUACAGAAAAAAAGUUGAGAAAGAUGAAAAUUACAUUCAUACCAUGCUUCAACUACAACUUGCUAUGGAGCACUGUAUUUUACAAAAUAAUGCUGUCAAUAUAUAUGAAGAAUAUUACAGUGAUAUAGAAGCCACAAUGCCAGUGGAACAUUUUACAGCCCAAACUGUUAGUGUGUACCGUGACAUUUGUAGUAUUAAGAGGCCAAUUACCCAUAUAUCUUGGUCUCCUGAUGGUGGUCAACGAAUUUGUGUGACACAUUGUAAUUUAGAGUUUCAACGAUCACCACCUGACCUUAGUACUACAUCUUACAUCUGGGAAGUAGAAAAUUCUAACAAACCACAAAUGUCUUUGAGGACAUCUGUUCCACAAGUGUGCACAGAGUACAACCCAAAAGAUCAAAAUACACUUGUGAGUGGUCUGUUUAGUGGGCAAGUGGCUUGCUGGGAUGUGCGGAGGGGUGAACUGCCUGUGGAUGUGAGCCUGUCUGAAGAAAGUCAUAGAGACCCUGUGCGCAAUGUGUUGUGGAUUAAUUCAAAAUCAGGAACUGAGUUCUUCUCUUCUUCAUUUGAUGGUCAGGUGAAGUGGUGGGAUACAAGAAAGCUAGCUGCUCCUACUGAUGAGAUUGUUCUUGAUAUGGAGAAGGUUGAUGAACAAGUGAUAAGUCGUGCAGUUGGUGCUUCUUGUUUAGAAUACGAACCAACAAUUCCUACACGAUUUAUGGUGGGAACUGAAAAUGGACUAGUUGUUGGUUGUAAUCGAAAGGGAAAGUUGCCUUCAGAAAAAAUCACAGCUAGAUUCCAAGCUCACUUAGGACCAGUGUAUGCUCUUCAAAGAAACCCAGGCUACUCAAAAAAUUUCUUGACAGUUGGAGAUUGGACUGCUCGUGUUUGGUCAGAAGAUUGCAAAGAAUCAUCAAUCAUAUGGACAAGUUUUCAUCGAGCACUACUCACAGAUGGAGCUUGGAGUCCAACACGCCAUUCUGUAUUCUAUACAACAAGGAUGGAUGGUAUGUUAGAUGUUUGGGAUAUUAUUCAAGAACAAAGAGAGCCUUCUCUAAGUAUUAAGGUGUGUGAUUUCCAGUUGAGAUGUUUACGAGUACAUGAUCAAGGUCUACUUAUUGCUGUUGGAAAUCACAUAGGAACAACAUACCUUGUAGAAUUAUCGGAGAACUUGACAACAAGCCAGAAAAGUGAAAAACAGCAACUUUCAAAUUUGUUUGAACGUGAGAGUCGGCGUGAGAAGAUUUUAGAAGCUAGAAUCAGAGAAAUAAGAUUGAAGCAAAAAUCAGCAAAGCCUGAAGAUAGAGCUUCAAAAGCUGAUUUAUCAGAUUUUGAAAAGCAGCCUGCUGAAACUGCAACUAAAGAAUUUUAUCAAGUAAUUCAG